UGCUGUAAAAAUGUACGUAGUUGUAUAUAUAUAUUUUUAAAAUACCUAAUUGCAGAAUGGCGCGCAAUAGCAAAAUUACGUCAUAGCCUGCGACACAGAACGAGUUGUAAACAAACGGGUGUGAAUUAUGAGCCAUGGAUUUAAAAGGAAAAAAGAGGAGGAUUGCCGAUGAAAAUAGAGGAUUUAAGGAAGAAUGGACUGAACUGUAUGCUUUCAUUGCCAAUGCUGAAGGGUUGCCUGCAUGUUUGAUUUGCAAUGAGAAGUUGUCAAAUAACAAGAAGAGCAAUGUGGAGCGACAUUUCCAGCUAAGGCACGCUAAAUUUGCUGACGAUUACCCAGUUGGAACUGAGAGGAAAAGUGCAAUUGCAGUGCUGGUGGAGAAAUUUGAGGGCCGAAAAAACAGUUUCAAGAAGUGGAUUACAUCUCCAAACUCUACUGCUGCUGCAAGUUUUGUUGCAGCCAGGGAGAUUGUAAAGCGUGGAAAACCAUUCACAGAUGGCGAGUACAUGAAGGAUUCAUUCAUUAAAAUGUCAGAGCACCUGUUUUCGGACUUCAGAAACAAAACCGAGAUCAUUCAGAAAAUAAAAGACAUGCCUCUCUCCGCAAAAACAGUGAAGGAGAGGGCAAUUAAAAUGGCAAACAAUAUCACCGAUCAGCAAAUCAAGGACAUCAAUUCAGCUCCAGCUUUCUCAAUAGCCUGUGAUGAGUCGUGUGACGUGACGGAUAUCGAACAGACAGCUCUGCUAUGCAGGUAUGUGAACUGUGAUGGGCCGCAAGAAGAAAUGAUCGAAUUGAUACCACUAAAAGGCCAAACACGGGGGGAGGACAUAUGCAACGCUGUGCUACAGUGUUUAAAUGACAAAGGAAUACACACUGGGCACCUGAUUUCAGUCGCAACAGACGGUGCGCCGAGUAUGAGAGGGUCGCAAAAGGGGUUUGUGACUUUACUACAGAAAGCAUUGGAUCGAGAUCUGCUUGCAUUCCAUUGCAUAUUGCACCAAGAGGCGCUGUGUGCGCAAACAUUCCCAGCAGAAUGUAUUGAGGUGAUGAACCAUGUCAUCCAAAUUGUCAACAAAAUACUCGCAAAAGCACUAAACCACCGCCAGUUCCGUGCAUUGCUAGAGGAAGUUGAGAGCGAAUAUGCGGACCUCCUGCUGCACAACAAGGUCCGCUGGCUAUCCAGGGGCGAGGUUUUGCGUCGCUUCGUUGCGUGUUUAGAGCACGUUAACACCUUUCUGAAAACCAAAGGCCUCAACUACCCACAACUGGACGACAUAAAUUGGCUGGAAAAACUGCACUUCAUGGUUGACAUGACAUGUCAUCUAAACACGCUCAAUAAAAGUCUCCAGGAGCAGGGAAACACUGCGCUUCAAAUGCUGGAAGCCGUUUUGUCAUUCGAGCGCAAGCUGACAGUAUUGGCCAGGGAUGUACAGCGAGGCACGCUCUCCCACUUCUCAUCCCUGAGAGAGUUCAAAGACGCCCAUCACGAUCACACACUCAAUAGUGAUUAUUUGCAAGGUGCAAUCGUUGACAUGCAAGCUGCAUUUGGGGGCAGAUUUGGCGAAUUCCGAAAGGAAAAGGUGACUCUGUCUUUCCCUGUCACACCCCUGCAAAUUGAUCCUUCCUCGCUGAAAACAUUUCCAGGAAUUGAUCUGGCUGAGCUCGAAAUGGAAAUGGCCGAUAUAGCCGAUAAAGAAAUGUGGGUUGCCAAAUUCGAACAGCUGACAGCAGAGCUUGAAGACGUCGGCCGCCAGAAAGCCAGCGCUGCCCAAAGCCACAAAUGGAGCGACAUCGAAAGCCUCCCAAAACCCGAGAAACUUGUGUUUGAAACAUGGAAGGCUCUUCCCGACUCUUAUGGUAACAUGAAGAAAUACGCAUUUGCAGUGUUAUCCAUGUUUGGAUCAACAUAUCUGUGCGAGCAGAUCUUCUCAAACAUGAACUAUAUUAAAUCCAAAUACCGCACCCGCCUCACAGAUGAGAGCUUGCAGUCCUGCGUCAAGAUUAAAGUAACAAACUACAUGCCCGAUGUGGAGAAGCUGUCCAGUGAUGUCCGAAAACACAAGUCACAUUGAACAGGUUCGAUGAUAGCCUACGUGUCUAGCUGGGGAAGAGAAGGAUGCUGCUGCUGCGUGUCACAGUUGCGCUGACCGUGGCUUUGGCGAACUAAAGAGAAGAUGAUGCACAGAAGUUUAUCUGUUUUGUUUGUUUUUAAUUUUGUUCAUUUCGGCUGUUGUUGAAUGUUAAGCUGCCUUUUAAUUACAGGCUGCGCUUUGCCAUUGUAGCCACUUUUUAAAUGUCUGACGCUGAGAAAUGGGGAUUGUUUUAUUAACUCAUUUGCACUAGGCUACCGUUUCAUAGCCUAUUCAUAGUUGUAAGUUGCGUUUUAAGCACAUUCUGCGUGUUUAGCAGUCUGAUUGUUAUUGAACAGUGAAUGCUCUUGACUUUCGAAGAGAAUGAUCUUUCCACACUGUCUGAAAAUAGCUUGAGGCUACAUGCACUUUUUGGGGUUCUGGAGACCUAAAAAUAAAAGAU